UGGCUAUGUUUAGGAAAGGAGCUACGGCAGUAUUAGCUGCCACGCAGAGUCAGAAUCCUAACCCGUUCAAUAUCAAAGACAAACUGAAGAAGGCAGCUGCGGGAGGUACAGCCAUUGAAGAUGAGACGGCUAAGGAAAAAUGGAUACGUACAGCAACUAAGAUACACCGUCUAUCAAUGCCAACAAGCCCUAGCAAGGCUGUUUUACCAGCGAUGGAGAAAGAAAACCCCGACGUUCCACCAGCUCCAUGGAACAUGUCCUCCGAGAAGUCAGAUGAACCACGCAAGUUUGAUUCUACCGGCAUGUUUCAUUGGUGUCCUGGAAGACCUAUAGAGGAAGCCAUCAUGGACCGUAACAAAGCUGCAUUGACCGUUCUAUGCAAUCAUGUAGUGGUAUGUUUAUUUGCGGACGCCACAUCACCGUUGAUAGGUUUGAGAAAUUUAGUCAUGCCACUGAGAGCUAGCAACUUUCACUAUAACGAACUGAAACAUGUCGUCAUAGUUGGUAACCUAGACUACCUUCACAGAGAAUGGAAAACGGUUCAAAACUUCCCCAAAGUUUGCAUCCUUCCUGGAUCACCAUUAAAUAGAGCUAAUUUACGAGCAGUGAACAUCAACUUGUGUGAUAUGUGUGUGAUAUUGUCAGCCAAGGACCGUAACCUUGACGACCCUCAUCUGGUUGACAAGGAAGCCAUUCUUUGUUCACUUAAUAUAAAGGCAAUGACAUUUGAUGACAGUGUUGGUCUUAUACAGUCAUCAUCUCCAAAUAGUCCCGGCAAUGCAUUAGAUUUUCUGCCACCUGGUUUUAUGCAGGUAAGCAGCCCAUCCAAAACAUCGAGAAGGGGAUCAGCAUGUGGCUCAAAUGUUCCCCUUAUUACAGAACUUGCAAAUGACUCAAAUGUACAAUUCUUGGAUCAAGAUGAUGAGGACGAUCCAGAUACAGAAUUAUACAUGACCCAACCUUUUGCUUGUGGUACAGCUUUUGCUGUUAGUGUACUUGACUCACUUAUGAGCACAAGUUACUUCAACGACAAUGCAUUGACUCUAAUUAGAACAUUAAUAACUGGUGGAGCUACACCUGAGUUAGAGCAGAUAUUGGCUGAGGGGGCAGGUAUGAGAGGAGGUUACUGCACGCCCGCUGUUCUUGCUAACAGGGAUAGAUGUAGAGUUGCUCAAGUCUCAUUGUUUGAUGGACCACUAGCGCAAUUUGGGGAAGGUGGUACCUAUGGUAACCUAUUUGUACAUGCACUAAGAAACCAGGGUGUUCUGUGUAUUGGUCUGUAUAGGUUUCGUGAUACGAAUGCAACAGAAAAGAGUCCCUCAUCAAAACGUUAUGUGAUAGCUAACCCUCCGGAAGAUUUCAAAUUGCUCCCUACUGAUCAGGUGUUUUGUCUAAUGCCCUGUAAUCUAUCUAAAAGUUCCAACUCCUUACCAAAUGGGAAUGAUAAAACUUUUUUGUCUCCAACCAUUUUCCAGUCCGAAGACAAAAAAGAGGUCCCCCUCACAUCACAUAGCAGAACCUGAAAAUACCCAGUUUGGCACAGACUUCAUGGCAUAAAAGGACAACCUGACAUUCAACUGCUCAGCAUAAAACAUAAUGGCAUUACAUAUUCAGAAGCUGAAAAAAUACCUUGAAUUCGGGUCAUAUACGAGGAAACUAUGUGUUUGCUUCCUUCAUCAAACAUAAAAUGGACUUGUCCAUCUUUGAAUCCGGACAAAACCAUUCAUCAUCCUUAGGGAUACUUUCAAAAAUAUGUACAGACUGAAUAGAGAACAGUGCAGAUCAUCAUCAGAUGGCAAAGAAACAAGGGAAUUUUCUUCAAUAGUUGACCUUCUGGAGUGCAAUAAAAUCUAGUACAUGUAUUACAUAAUGAUAUGUCAUGUCUGCUCCAUUGCAAUGGUAAUGGUGGAAAAUUUAUUUGGUGUCAAUUGUAUGGCUUUAAACUCAAAAUGUAAUAAUUUCAUUUCAGCUGUAAGAUUAAUAUAUUCAUACAUUACAAAGAACGUCAAUAACUACAUUUAUAUAUAUACAAAAGGAAAAGAUUGUGAUAGACUAAUUGGCUUUGAUACAUCACUGUGAGAUCGAGUGACCAUUACCAUACCAUCAGAUACCAUUUAUAUUGAGCAAUACACCGCAAUAAUGUAUUCAUCACAAGUAAAAAAUAGCCUGUAUGAAAUCAGGACUGCGGUUGCGAAAUUUGGGGACAGAAUCGUUACUGUAAAACAACUAUAGGCUGUAUAUAGAGUUAAAAGCUACUUUAGUUAGUAAAAGUAAAAUAAUCUGUGAACAGUUUUUGAUGGAGAUUAUGAAUCAUUCCAAGUUGAGGAAGAAACUGGAUCAUUGACAUUAUUUUAAUGUCAGAUCAAGAUCAUAUUUUUAUGUUUGAGUAUAUCCGUCUGCCUCUGUAUACCACCACUAACCGUUUUGUGUCUGCUGGAUAUGUAUGUUUAAUAAUGAAGUCUGUCAUUUGUAUAAUCAAAAUAAAAGUGAAUAGUUAAGCGAGGGAUGACCGCAAAACUGUUGUAAGACCUUCUUUAUUUCAUAUAAGUUACAACAGUUUUGCAGUCAACCCUUGAAUUGCACUUACAGAAAAAAGAAAAAAAUCA